AUGGAGAAUCCGACUUCUUAUGGCAUACAUAAAAUCUGUAUUAUAGCUUUUUUACUUUUUUCUCUAUGUCCUCAACAUUGCCGGGGCAGUUGGAUGUGGCUGGGCAUUACAGCUCUAGGAGUUCCCGAGAAGAUGGGAUGCGCAAAUCUACCGCUCACGAAUAAACAGAAGGAUCUAUGUAAAAGAAAACCUUAUCUAUUACCAAGCAUCAAAGACGGCGCUCGUAUGGGCAUCGCCGAGUGCCAGACGCAGUUUAAGCACGAACGAUGGAACUGUUCAACUACAAAGCAGCAGUCUGUUUUCGGAUAUGAAUUAACCAGUGGGACGAAGGAGACGGCCUUCAUCUACGCGGUGAUGGCGGCGGGCCUGGUGCACGCGGUGACCCGGUCCUGCAGCGCGGGGAACAUGACGGAGUGCUCCUGCGACACCAGCCUGCAGGGCGGUUCGGCCGCCGAGGCCUGGCACUGGGGCGGCUGCUCCGACGACGUCAAGUACGGCACCUGGUUCAGCCGCCGCUUCAUCGACAACUCCGUCAGGAACAUCUCCGCCCGCGGGGGCGACGCCCUGCUCACCAUGAACCAGCACAACAGCGAGGCCGGGAGACAGGCUGUGGCGAAAACCAUGUCGACAGACUGCCGUUGCCACGGCGUCUCGGGCUCGUGCGCGGUGAAAACGUGCUGGCGGACGCUGGCGCCCUUCGAGCGGGUGGGCAGCUUCCUGAAACAGCGCUACGAGGGCAGCGUCCAGGUUCUGGACCGCUCCAAACGCAAGGUCCGGCGCAAGGAGAAGGACCAGCGGCGGGUGCCCAUCGCCAGGGACGAGCUCAUCUUCCUCAACAAGUCGCCCAACUACUGCCUGGAGGACCGACGGGCGGGCGUGGCCGGGACGCGGGGGCGGCGCUGCAACCGGGCGUCGGCCGGGCCGGACGGCUGCAACCUGCUCUGCUGCGGCCGGGGCUACAACACGCACGUGGUGCGGCACGUGGAGCGCUGUGAGUGCAAGUUCGUCUGGUGCUGCUACGUCCGCUGCAGACGCUGCGAGAGCAUGAACGACAUGUACACCUGCAAGUAG